CUGACGUGGCCGGAAGCGACGCCAUUUUGAGGAAGGAAACGCCUUGGAGUUGAAGAGGGAACUAACUCUCGGAAGGAUCCAGGAUGGGAAAUAUUUUUGCGCACCUUUUCAAAGCCUUUGGUAAGAAGGAGAUGAGAAUACUGAUGGUGGGACUUGAUGCAGCAGGAAAAACCACUAUCCUGUACAAGCUGAAGCUCGGAGAGAUUGUUACCACUAUCCCCACCAUCGGGUUUAACGUUGAGACUGUGGAAUAUAAGAACAUCAGCUUCACUGUGUGGGAUGUGGGCGGUCAGGACAAGAUCAGACCCUUAUGGCGUCACUACUUCCAAAACACACAGGGUUUGAUCUUUGUCGUGGAUAGUAAUGACCGGGAGCGGGUGAACGAGGCCAGAGAGGAGCUGAUGAGAAUGCUGGCCGAGGACGAGCUCAGAGAGGCCGUGCUGCUCGUGUUCGCCAACAAACAGGACCUGCCAAAUGCUAUGAAUGCUGCAGAGAUCACAGAUAAGCUGGGCUUGCACUCUCUGCGCAACAGGAGCUGGUACAUCCAGGCCACAUGUGCCACGAGCGGAGACGGCCUGUACGAGGGGCUCGACUGGCUCUCCAACCAGCUGAAAAGCCACAAAUAAUCCUCAGCACCUCCCUUCUGUCUCCCCUCCUACACUGUAGCACUCUCAUCUCCAUUCGGUUUUUAAGCAGAACGUGCCGGAAGCUGCUCUCCUCUCAGACUGGUCAAAGUGUGGCGACGGCGCCGCACGCCUCUAAUCCUUCUCCUUAAACCAUUAACGAGGCAGCUUUUGGAGCACUCUCUUAUGCAACACUAGGCGUGUGCCGAUAUUAAAUUGGGGUAUAUCGAUAAUUUGAUUGAUUUAACGUUAAGGUUGGCAGUAGUAUCAAUUUUUUUUUUUUUCCACUUACGAAGAAGCAGCUGCUCAUCAUGUUGCGUACUCUGAUCGCAUUGUUAAUGAGCUGAAGAGAACCUAUAACCUUUACUGAUUAUGAAAGAAAAAUGGCCUGAAAGACUGAAUUCGUACUUUUUUAAAAAAAUAUUGCGAUAUACGGCGAUUAUCGGCACAUGCCUACGCAUUAUAUACAGUAUAUAUAUAUAAAGAUAUAGAUCUAUACAUUUAGCCUUCCCUGUUCUUUUUUUUUUAUUGUCUUUUAUUUAAUCAUGGAUGAACUGUAGUAGGAAAGUCUUGAAAAUUGUCACGUCCUGUAACGGCUUUUUUUUUGUUUGUUUUUGGGUGCACCCUAAUGGUUAAGACGUACUGUAAAAGACUUGCGGUCUAUGUAGAGGAGGUCAAGAUAGCGCACGCGUGCACACACACACACUACCUACAAAAAUUACAGGGAAAAAGAACCACAAGAACAAACGUGUGAUCUCCUGCACUGAGCGUUUUAUUGAAUAAUUAUCAUUUAGUUUAUUAUUGGUUUUAUAUCCGAAUCAGCAGUAAAAAAAAAAAAAGCUCCUCUGGACGUCCGUUGGACGAGAUCCAAACUGAUGCAGAUUGUUCAAACUUGUUAAACACGUGCACGUAGGCAGCGUUCUCGAUAAGAUCACGACGCGGCGAAUUACUGGUUAUGAUGAAUUUAGAUCCUCGCCAGUGCAUGACGUGCUUCUGCGGCAUCCAGAGUGAAGGGAAAGAAGAAAAAAAAAAAUCGCCAUAAAAUCUCAGGUUAAAUCACGCUUUGCCUUUACGACUCAGAAAAACUGAACAGCUUCGUUUCGGGUGAGAUUUCUUUCCUGUGGGUGUUUUGUUUGUGGAUCAGGUGUGUCACAGCAGCUAACGGUAAAGUGUGUGUGUGUUCUUUUCCUUUGGCCUGGAGUAUAAUUCAGAGAAGGGUGGGUUUUUAUUUUUUAUAAAUGUAGAGAUCACCUGGUCAGCAGUUUUUCCUUUAAAAGUCUUACCAUGUGUGUGGAAUAAUCUUCUAAAUUAGUUUUAGUCACUCUGCUACAGCAGGCAUAUUUUCUGCGUUCGAGAACUUAUCUGGGUAACGUUUGUGUAGGAAAUUGUCAUCGUCAUCAUCUCGGGCUCCUGUGUGUGUGCGCGCGUGUGCUAGUAAAUUAAAACAUCACGGCUAACAUCUGCUGCUCUAACCUGACGUGAACAGAACUGACUCCAGGUUUGGGAUCCCUAGAGGAAGGGAGAUGUUUAAAUGUGUCUCAGUUGGUCAUUAUCAUCAUCAUGCUGCCUUUCCUGUGUCCUGAAGUGUGUCUCUCUCUCUCUCUCUCUCUCUCUCUCUCUCUCUCAUUACUGCCUGGCUUCAUCAUCUGAAAUACUCUGACAGGGUACAGCAAUAUUAAACACGCGACAGCGUUGUGUUUUAGAGGUUUUUGGUGCGGCGGUGUUCCUUGGUGAUCUUUGUCUGGACUCGGUACCCAUCCGGGACUGUUAUCAUUUUCAAGUGUUCCUUUCGUUUUCCUGUACACUCCUGAUUUUGCUUAUGUUGGGCCUGGGUAUGCGCUGAUACGAUUACGAUUAUUACAGUAUUCUGAAAGAAAUGCACAGGUUGACACGUGAAUCAGCAUCUCGGAGAAUAAUCAACAGUCCAGAGUCUUAUCCUGGAUGCUACGGUGCCCGCUGAAUAUCGUGAUGUAUCGUACAACCGAUCAUCAGCACACGCCUGGUGGGGGGAACGUAUUUCUGAAAUGUCUUAUUGUGUGACUCUUUAACGUGAAUGUUUAAUUUUUUAUGCAAAACUUGUCUUGCCUUUCAUUUUGACAGAAAAGCAAUGUAAUGAAACGAAAGUAAUUAAAAAUGAAAAUCAGG